GUUACCCCUUAAAAGAAGCAAAAGCACUAAAUUGAGUCUAAUUCACACUAAUGGAUUUUAGAGAGUCUGUUGAUGUGUUUUGCAUUGGACUGAAAUAUUCUAGGGUAAUCUCCGAACGUCAACAAAAGCGAGUCUGACCACAGCAGUCGACAACGACAACUGACGCCUACGGGAUCAGUGUCGGAGCAUGCGUGUGAAAAGCCUGUUCGAUGAAUGAUUGGCCCGUAAAGCUGCUUCGAAAACAAAUUAUGCAAGGACCAAUCGAUUGAUAAUGCAAGCAUCAAGCUGUGAUUGAACUCAAAAACACAGAUGCAGACGGCCCAGUCAACAGCGUUGGGGCAAAUAAUCAUUUACCAUCAAUCUAGUCUGGAUAGUCUCGUCAAAGAAACCACCACAAUCUCGGAAGCAAAAUAUUUUACGAGGUAUAGGGAAACAGCAAAUUCUUACCCGACAUUGAUGUUAUGGACAAUCUUUCGAUGUUUAGUCAGAGCGCUUCUGUUGGCCAUCCGACCGUAGCUGACUUCAUCGAGCCCGGUAAAGAUUCUCCAUAUGUUGGCAAUUCGUUCAUGGAGCCCAGCCACGGUAUGCUCGCGCGAACAGCCUUCAGCUUGGCUCAUAGAAUUCCCGAACCUAUCGCCGACACCAAGGCAGUGUUUAGCUCUCAAACCACCGGCUAUCCAUUUACCCCACACACCAGUCAAGUAAGAGCUGCGUGUGCCGCUCAAAAUCUGAGUAACAGAGAUUACCCGAUUCAUCGUCAAGACCAUCUGCCCGGUUCUAGCUCUUUAGCUCACGGUCCCCACGGACAUCCUCUCUACGAUCCUGUAGCACCGGGAACGGGUAGAUUUCCUCAAUGCCAAGGUCCUUCGAUACAUUCCAAUUUCAGCCCUCUGGCACUGCAUCAGGCAAGACCAGACGUUAAACGACACAACUUCUAUCCAACAAUGAACGGUCCGCCAGAUCCUGAGACUUCUCAAAGGCCAGCCUUCGCUUUUCCACCGCCAGGCGACAUGUACUCGCGAGUAGACAUGUACUCGCAGUCACCGUACAGUUACGACCAUCACCGCCCUCUCAAUUAUGCUCAGGUUCACUUCACUCAAUUCAUGAGCCAGCCACCUAACAAAAUCAUGACUUGUGAAUGGAUUGAUCCUCAAAACUACCCCAAGAACAAGAUCUGUGGCAAGCAAUACACCAGUAUCCAUGAAAUAGUAAGGCAUAUUAAUGACGAACAUGUUAGCCAAAACGACUCUCCACUACAUGUUUGCUUUUGGAGAAACUGUGGACGUAACGGACUUCCGUUUAAAGCUAAGUACAAGCUGGUAAACCACAUCAGAGUGCAUACGGGAGAAAAGCCAUUCCCUUGUCCUUUCCCUGGAUGUGGCAAGCUUUUCGCAAGGUCUGAGAAUUUGAAAAUUCACAAACGAACUCAUACUGGCGAAAAGCCUUUUGUAUGCGAGUUCCCCGGGUGCGAUCGCCGUUUCGCCAACUCAAGCGAUAGGAAAAAGCACUCCCAUGUCCAUACGUCAGAUAAGCCAUACAACUGUAAAUAUCAAGGCUGCAACAAAAGCUACACACAUCCAAGCUCUCUUCGUAAACACAUGAAGUUGCACGGAAUAUCGCCUUCACCGCCGCCAUUAAUCGACUCAAGCGGACAAGACAGGAGUCAUUUAAGUACCCCCUCACCGUCGGAACACAUUCGUCUCUCGAUCAGUUCGUCAAAUAGCCAAAGCUGCUCGAGUUCACAAAGCGAACGUGAAGUCAACACCAACUGGUACUCGUGUUAGAGGUGGAAGAAAAAAGAGACAACUUAUACACAACAACUUCCCUCAAGGUCAGUCCUGUUGUCAGUAAACCACAAUGAGACAAACAAAGCGGUUACAUUUUAAGGCCACGGUCGAUCUCGACAAAGUAACGGACAUUCUGUAUGUAGAAUAAUGAGUUGUAGGUUUGAUAUUGUAGCUCUGUUAGAGAUUCUAUCAAUAGUAGGCGUCAUGGCUUGAAUACAUGACAAUAAUAAUGUACCGAUUGAGAAUAUCCAUAUGACUUAAGUUCCUGUGGUGUAGAGUGAGUUAAGCUACCUCAGUUAGCUGUGAUUCGGCUAACUACAGGAAUCAUCGCAAAACAAAAUUAUCUGAAAGUCAUUCAGAUAUGGGAACUUUCUUUAGGUGGGGCAAAAAUUGAAACAAAAAAACGAUCAUUCAUGUUUGUUCGUUCCUUUAAUUAUGACCGUUAAACGUUUUGUAAGGGACGUCAAAAUUAUUCACCUAAUAUUCUAAUCUGUUUUUGCAAAUGUAGCUCCUCUUCAAGAAUGACUAGUUUUUGCUUUGUUUUUCUUCUAUGUGUAAAAAAGGAAGGAUAAUAAUUAAAAUCCACCAUUGUUUUCAAUGCGACAUACAGAUGCUCAAAGACAAACCAAUACUUUUAACUUACGCUAAAUUAAUAUACCAAAACUACUUGCAGUCAACCUUCAACUAUACAGAGAUCCAAGAAAUUAUUGCACUCGCUACUCAAUGUUUCUUUACCAAAGUGUAUGCUCAGAAAAAGCAGUGCUUGCUCUAGAAGAUCAGCAUGCACCCAUGCGAACUGGCAAACUCUACCCGCUUCCUCAACACAAAAUUUUUUGUACUUAACGGAGCAAUGUUUCCAGUUUUUCUUUCAGUGGAACUUAUGUGGUUAAACACGACAUUUUGUUUCUUAGGGUUCGUUUUUAAUUAAGCAACGAGAGCCUUUCGCUGAUUUAUUUCAUUCGCUAUUCUAUUCCAGUCUUAUUCUCUGAUGCUAACUUAUCAAUGUAUCGAUACAUUGUCAACUUUAACUCCGUUUGUUAAACUUUACUACACUAUUUGCUCUUCUCAAAACACUGUUAGCUGCAGAACAAACUGUUAAGGAAAUUAGAACUACUGAUAAAAAAAAAAAGACAAAUAAAACAAU